CGGGCAAAUAAAACCCGCUCUAUUAACCAGUGGUUCCGAACUGGUAAUUGACUUCUGAAUUUGUUGAUCCAUUGGCCUUCAUAAAUAGUUCGAAGAUUUGUCCGAGUCAAAACGUAGCUUGUCGGUGUGAAUUAACGUGAUAAAAGCCAAAACCCCAUUCGAAAGUAACCUUAUAUUAAUCGGCUUUCGACCGUUCGUAACCUCGCAAUACCGAAGUCGAAAAGCUGGUUGAACUAACUAUACAGGUUUGGUUCUUCUUUUCGACAUUACGGAUCAUAUUUCGCGAAAUAUCCCGCGAUAUUUUCCAUCGUUUAUAUUUUUCAUCUCCACGUUAAUACAUAAAUUAUACGUAAACAUACAUAUACAAACAAUCGAGGAUGUGCGACAAUCAGAAAGGUGAACAAACAGACGAAACAACUCAAUCAAUCGAGUUGUCGUCAAAUGACAUUGAAAAAAUAGAAGAAGCCAAGCUUAGGGCCAAAUUCCCAAAUACCGGCGGACGCCCUAUUAGCGGUCAUUCUGCGUUUCUUCAGAAAAGAUUAGCCAAAGGACAAAAAUACUUUGAUUCUGGGGACUAUCAAAUGGCGAAACAAAAGUCAGCGGCGAAACCAAAACCUGCCGGUGUCCUACCAACAGGGGAUGCUAUCCCAACACCGGAAACUGUGCCACAACGGAAAACAUCGAUAAUUCAACAAAAAUUCAAUACAUCUACUAGUUCGUAAGGCAAAUUAUUGCCGUGCGUGUAACUUGGCACUGAAAGAAGAUUCGAUGUAUCGAUUCGUUCGUAUAAAAUCUAAACGCGUUUCACCAGCGCAAUCGCAUGGUGACCAGUCAUCCUCAACAAACAGUCAAAUGGACAAUUGGAUCCUGGCUGAGUUUUUUCUGAUUCAGUUUCUAUUCGUCUGUUUGUUAAUACAAUUUUUUUCCAAACUUUGAAUGAAAGUUUGCCAGUUCAUUGCUUCUGCAAUGACAAAUAUGGCAAACAUUACUAGAAAUUAUCACUUUGAGGACCUGACAGGCAGUAGUGAAGAAUCGUCCAGUUAUUUUUUACUCAUCGGCAUCAGCUAUACGAGAACGUUGGAAGAAAAAAUUGAUUCGUUAUUUUAUAUAGCAUUAAUUCUACAAAAUCUGUAUCAACAAUUGAAUUGAAGUUAAUUUAGAAUUGUAAAUGGGUAUGAUCUGCUGGUAAAUGACGCACCUAAUUGUUGAUUACUUACACACUGAAUCAGAUUAUAGCGCGACAUGCAUCUAUUAAAUAACUAAUGCGCAUGCUGCAGCUUUGAUUUUAAUCUUGAUCUGCAUUUUGGAUACCACUGUGAUUUGCUAAUGCUAUUUUUCUAUAAGAGUUUCGUUGUUACUUUGCAUUUUAUUUUAUUUUUUUUCUUUCUCUUUUUUCAACAUACACAUGUCUUAUUAUCAUCAAGGUAUUCAUAUCGAUGAAGCUCAUUUAUCGAAACUUGAUUAUAAUUUGUAACAUAAUAGUUGCACAGCUACUAACUGUAUCUAGUUAUUAAUAUAUAUUAUCGUAAUAUCGCAAUUGUUUUAUUCUUUUACUCAAAUUAUAAUCCCUUGUCUUUAUUUUCCUAAAUCUUUUUCCAAAUAUGAAAGUAAUAUUCAUAUCAUCCUUAAAUGUAUCCACCGUUCAAUCGCCCGUGUAUAUUUAGUUUUAAAACUGUUCUUUUAUAACUAAAACAUGCAUUUGCACACGUAUAAUUAGGAAAAUGCGGGAAUUUGUUUAAAAAUCAAUCCAAUUUGAUAUCACGAGUUCUGACACAAUUUUUUAUAGUUGCCUGUAAAGUUGGAAGGAAAAGAAAAGGAAAAAAAGUCAUGCGGAAUCUACGUCAGUUGAACCGUUGAAACUCAAAAUACACAGAGAGAAUAAAAGAGCAGAAUUUACUCGAAACUACAGAAAAGAAGGACACAUCAGGUUUUUUGGUUAAAUACACUUCGUAAAAUGCAAAAUUUACCCUAGAAACAGAAUUAAUCUGGUA